AUGCUGCUGGAGCGGGUCCGCGCCGGUUCGGAGAAGGCAGCGGAGCUCUGCCCCUUCCCGCGGAGCCCAGAGAUCCCGCUGUGCGCCGGCUGCAACCAGCACAUCGUGGACAGGUUCAUCCUCAAAGUCCUGGACCGGCACUGGCACAGCAAGUGCCUGAAAUGCUCCGACUGCCAGACGCAGCUGGCCGAGAAGUGCUUCAGCCGCGGGGACGGCGUCUACUGCAAGGAAGACUUCUUCAAGCGCUUCGGGACGAAGUGUGCCGCCUGCCAGCAGGGCAUCCCCCCGACCCAGGUGGUGCGCCGGGCCCAGGACUUCGUUUACCACCUGCACUGCUUCGCCUGCAUCGUCUGCAAGCGGCAGCUGGCCACCGGCGACGAGUUCUACCUCAUGGAGGACAGCAGGCUGGUCUGCAAGGCGGACUACGAGACGGCCAAGCAGAGAGAGGCUGAGUCUACGGCCAAGAGGCCCCGCACCACCAUCACGGCCAAGCAGCUGGAGACCCUCAAAAACGCUUAUAACAACUCGCCCAAACCGGCGCGGCACGUCCGGGAGCAGCUUUCGUCGGAGACGGGGCUGGACAUGCGGGUGGUGCAGGUCUGGUUCCAGAACCGCAGGGCCAAGGAGAAAAGGCUGAAGAAGGACGCGGGGAGGCAGCGGUGGGGGCAGUACUUCAGGAACAUGAAGCGAUCCCGGGGGACAUCCAAGUCCGACAAGGACAGCAUCCAGGAGGAGGGGCCCGACAGCGACGCCGAGGUUUCCUUCACAGAUGAGCCCUCCAUGUCCGAAAUGAGCCAUUCCAAUGGGAUUUACAGCAACCUGAACGAAGCCUCCCCGGCGCUGGGGCGGCAGGCUGGCACCAACGGGAGCUUUGCCCUGGAGCACGGCGGGAUCCCAGCCCAGGACCAGUACCACGACCUGCGCUCCACCAGCCCCUACGGCAUCCCCCCGUCCCCGGCGUCCCUGCAGGCACUGCCAGGCCACCAGCCCUUAAUCUCCAGCUUGGUUUACCCAGACAACUUGGCCAUCAUGGGACAGAGUGGACCAGGGGUGCCCCAGCCCAUGAGGGUCCUGGCUGGGAAUGGACCGAGCUCCGACCUCUCCACUGGCAGCAGCGGGGGGUACCCGGAUUUCCCGGCCAGCCCAGCCUCCUGGCUGGAUGAGGUCGACCAUGCUCAGUUUUGA